UCCACUCGUGGCAAUAUUGAGACGAAGACCAAGCACCAUGGCUGACUCUCAGCUUUUGUGUCUGAGAGACGAUCACGUUAACGAGAGGGUGACAGAGGACAUGGUCCACUUCUUUUACAGCGAAGACCAGAGGAGAUGUCUAGAGGUUCUGGUCAGUCAGGGGGUCCAGGACUACAGGCAGCACGUUAAGCUGAUCGGUAUCAGGGACUUUCUUUCCAGCAAGGAACUGACUGAACUGCGAGCUGACUGGAGUCAAUAUAACAUCGAAAGUCCCAAGAAAGCAAACGCCGUGAGCGGAGGCGGCAGCGGUAAGCAAGGGGCUGAGGAAAAGGGCUCCCUGCAGUACUGGCCCGAACUGUCAGACACGGAGAUCCCGCCGCUCGACCUCGGCUGGCCGGAUAACGGGCACUACAGGGGGGUCAGCAACCAGCUGGUGUACACCCACCCGCCCAAGGAGAACGCCCCCACCAUAAAGACGGUGCUGCGGGAACUCAUCAAGAAAGCGCGGAAGGUUAUUGCGAUAGUCAUGGACUUUUUCACAGAUCGGGAAGUGUUCAGAGAUGUGCUUGAAGCUGCAGAUAAGCGUAGGGUUCCUGUCUACAUCCUUCUGGGAGAAGCAGGAGUCAAAUACUUCCUGGAGAUGUGUGAGCUCAUGCAACUGUCCAGCUUCAUGCUGCGGAAUGUACGUGUUAGAUACGUUACAGGGGUUGGAUUUUACCUGACAAAUGGUAAGAUCAAAGGUUCUCUCUCACACAAGUACCUUAUGGUGGAUGGAGAAAAGGUGGCAUUUGGUUCAUUCAGGUUAACCUGGAGCUCUUUGCGAGUAGAUCGUAGCAUAAUGACUUUGCUAACAGGACAAUUUACAGAGCCUUUUGACAUUGAGUUCCGUGAGCUCUAUGCCAUCUCAGAGGAAGUUAAUCUGUGUAAAGAGUUGUGUAUUCCUGACUGUCGACCAAGCCCUAUGGUGGGUAACAGACCACGUUCUUCCACUGUGGCACGCAAACUCAUCAACCCUAAGUACUCAUUAGUUGUGGGAAGAAGUCCUGCACCUGGUGAAAUAUUGAGAUUUGGGACACCUAAUCCACCAGCUGCAGGAGAGAAUGGAGAAAGCGAAAGGCGGAUGGGAAAGUUCUUGGAAGACCUGAUUACGAUAGACCAGGAGUUACCAGAGAUUGUGAAGUUAGAUGACCUUCCAAAAACUGCAACAACCAAAAACAAGGAGAUGGUGAAAAGGGCAGAUAGCACGGCGACCUCUAAGCCUUUGAAAAAGUUUAGCAAGUUUUUCACAUCUAAAAGGCAACAUAACCCGGCUGAAGAAACAAUAGUGGAAGGGGGCUUUGUUGUGCUAAAUAAGCCAAAACUCGAUCUGAGCCGAGCCAACAACGUACACAGCCACAGUAGCCAGGAUCUGAGGUCAUCAGGUAAUAUCAGCCCAGUAUCCACAAAAAGUGAGAAGCCAAAACAACAGGAUAAAUGUAUUGUAUCUUGAAGAGUGGGACGAAUUGGCCAAAUGAAUGCUGUACAGAAGAUAUUUAUUCGAAUAGUGGAAAAUUACAUCACAGAUCAAAUUCUCAGGGAAAAUUAUAGGUCUUGGAAUUCUCCUUCUCGCAUAACUUAAUUCAUCUAACUACACUAAUGGACAAUGUGAGACUCAUAUCUACAGUUGUGCCAUUGAACCAGGGCACACUCUGGUGUUUUAGACACACCGUAUUGCACUUUCACUAUUUAUAACACCCUGUGUUAUAUUUUUUAAAUGUAAAAUAAAAAGAAUAUAUAUGAUUUAUGUCCUUUUAGGACAAGCUGGCAAAGAUUGCAAUGAAUUAUGUAUGCUACUAAUGUUCAUGGAUGCCUCUCAGACUUUAGGGAGUAUAAGGUAUCAGUGAGCUAGGAGAGAACCUAAGCAUACUCGGAGAUGAUCUGGUACCUUUUGUUUUAAAAACAUAUAAGACAUAGGACUGUCGUAACCCUGGAACUGGAAACAGGACUUAAAAUACAUUUACAAUAAUUUACCCAACUACUAUUUCUAGACUAGCUACUCCAAUUUGUGUCAUAAUUUGUGCUCAAAAUGACUAUAAACGAGCUGCAGAGUUGCUGGCUAGAAUUUUAUUUUUUUUGAGACAUUCACUGUUUUAAAAUGUAUCCUGAAUACUAAUGAAAAUGUCAUGAAAAAAUACUGUAUACUGGUAGAGCUGAUGCUGAAAUCUAAAA